GAACAACACAACGCAGAGAAGAAAAAUGGACGAUUCGCGGGAUAUAUUGAUGUCGACAUUGAUAGAAUCUGGGGUGUUGAUUCCCGGAGAUUUCUCUUCCGUCGGAAAAUUUUCUUCAGAAGCUUUGGUAUCGAUCUGCGCUCAGUUGCUUAAUCUCAUUAAUCCAUCGGCGUCGUUUUGCGAUGACUUACCUGAUUCUCUCCCCGAAAGGUUUAAGAUCUGCACCGAUAUCGCUCUGUCUGUGACGAACCUAGGCUACAUCGGCGACAUGAGUUAUUAUAAGAUUGUAUGUGUUGCUUGCGGCAGUUUCUGCAUCCAUCCCAAGAUGACUCGUAUAGGUUGAUUAGAUUUUUGGUUGAGAGGCUUUCGGAGGAAAAUGAAGGAAUAAAAACUUCUACGGCUGGUGAUAUAGCUAGCAGGCCAAAGGUGGAGAAUUUCACAGAUAUUUCAGAUGACAGAAUGGUGAAGGAGGACAAUGAUGAGACUUUUGAUAUGCAUAUACAGAAGGUUGAAGCUGUCCUAAAAGAUCUUACUAUGACUACUGAAAUCUCUCAUGCAAAAAGUUCUUCAGCCAAUGGUUCAACCAUUGUUGACCUCUUCUCCAUUGCUGAUGAAGCAUCGGGUCUUUCUAUGAGACACGAAGAAGAUUCCUCUGUUGACCCGUCUGAGACAAAUUAUGAGACUUUUGAGCUACAGAAUCAGCAUAGUUUACUCUUGGAGGAACUAGAAUCUGGAUGUUCAGAGCUCUGCAGUCUUGACAGUGAACUGGAGUUGUUGAAGAUGGCUGCAGAGAGGUUAUUGGAUGAUAAACAGCCGGGUGGGUCAUGUCUCGAGCAGCUUAAUCAACAAAUAGUGGUCAAAAAGUGUAAUAUCAUGGAUCUUAAAAAGCAAUGGGAAGAUGCGAGGCAGACUUUGGAAGCAAGAAAGCUACGUCUUUUGGACCAGCUUCAUGUGGAGGAGUCAGAGGCUAAAGCGAAAUUCCAUAAGCUGAAAAAGACUGAACUGGAAUUACAAUCUGUCUCAUCAGAAAUUCAAAAGAGGGAAGAUGAAAGAUGUAGCCUGUACACUGAACUUGAGAGGCAGCCAAAAGCAGCGCCGCGGAAGUCUUAUAUACAUGGGAUUAAAGAAAUAACAAAAAAUAGCCGUAAACUGGACAGUGAUAUUCAGAGGAUUUCAGGGGAGACGAGGGAGCUACAACUAGAGAGUAACUCAAUCCAAGAACGCCUGCACCGAUCAUAUGCUGUUGUAGAUGAAAUGGUUACAAGGGAAGUGAAAAAGGAUCCAGCCGUACGACAGGUCUACAAGCUUGUGACCAGUAUCCAUGGUAUUUUUGAGCAAAUUUCUGAAAAAAUCCUUAUGACUGAUCGGUUAAGAAGAGAAACAGUCGACUACGAGAAAAAGCUGGGCUCCAUCACAGCUCGGGGCAUGAAUCUGGAGAAUUUACAAGCAGAUCUCCAUGCCAUCAGAAAAGAGAACGAAAGUCUUGGGAAAUAACUAAUUCAAUGUGGUUUUGAAAUUACUAAAAGAUGUACAUUUUAUAGAGUUUUUGAGGCAGUGUUUGUUUAUAGAGUGAGUAAUCUUUUUUCUCGCAUACUAAUGACUAAACAGAAGCAAAGGCUUAGUCAUAUAUGAUAUUCCAUAUGAUUGGGAAUAUCAGGCAAAACUAUUCCACAGGGGAAUACAGACAAAAGAGACAUCAUCAGUUUCACAAAAACUAUUCCAUAGGGAUCUUCUUCCUAAGCAUU